AUGCUUGUCUCAAAGACUGCUACGCGGCUUGGGUGCUGGAGAGGUGCCCGUCUACCUCGUGCCCGCUAUCUUCAUGAUCUCCACAAGCACCCUCAGAGCAGGUUCUUGCAGGUAUCAGAAGAGGUUCGCGAUGCCGUUGCGACAGGCAAGCCGGUCGUUGCUCUUGAGACCACAAUCUAUACUCACGGAUUCCCAUAUCCCGAGAACAUUGCUCUCUCUCGGCUCCUAGAAUCAGUGGUCCGUGAGAACGGCGGUGUCCCGGCAACUAUAGGUAUUCUCGGAGGUAUUGCCCGGGUGGGAAUGAGUCCGGGUGAGAUCAAUGAGCUGGCCUCAACAGCAGAGCACAAGAGUGCUCUAAAGGUUUCCCGCAGGGACCUUGGGUACAUUUGUGGUAUGGGCAUGGCUGGGAAAAAGAUCCAUGGUGGCACAACUAUCUCUGGAACAAUGAUCCUUUCUGAGUUGGCUGGCAUCAAGAUCUUCGGCACUGGAGGACUAGGUGGCGUUCACCGUGGAGGUGAGAACUCUAUGGAUAUUUCUGCUGAUCUAACGGAGCUGGGACGUACCCCCGUGACGGUCAUUAGCUCCGGAUGCAAGAGCUUCCUGGAUAUCCCUCGUACACUCGAGUAUCUCGAGACUGAAGGAGUCUGCGUGGGUACUUUUGCUGAUGGCCGCGAGGGGUCGGUCGAUUUCCCCGCUUUCUUCACGCGGGACAGCGGCUUCCGUAGCCCGCGAGUCAUUCAGGAUGAGGCUGAAGCCGCCGCCAUCGUUUAUGCCCAAUCCAAACUUCCAGUUCACUCUGGUAUCCACUUUGCUAACCCGGUGCCUCGGGAGCACUCGGUCUCCAAGCCGGAGAUGGACCGUAUCAUUGAAGAGGCCGUUCGUCUCGCCGAUGUAGAAGGUUAUAAAGGCAGUGACAACACUCCCUUUGUUCUGAAUAAGAUCAAGGAGCUUAGCGGUGGGAAGAGUGUCAUUGCCAAUCGCGCUCUGGUCGAGUCUAAUGUCAAGCGCGCAACGCGGGUGGCUGUAGAGCUGGCCAAGCUUGAAGAUCUUGAUCGGGGAUCUGCGGCUCGACACAUGCCUGCUAUGCCGAGUAUUGUUCAAUCCGACACAUCCACGGCCGUCCCCACGCAAACCACCCUGCCCGUCAAGGCAGAGACAUACCCAGAACUAUCAGAGGACGCAGAUGUCCUCGUAGCCGGAUCGUUGGCAAUCGACUUGUCUUGUGACUAUACACCCUUCGGCUCGGAGCUUGCCCAGGUUGCACCCAUGCCACACACCUCCAAUCCUGCAAUCAUCGGACAAAGUCUCGGCGGCGUAGGUCACAACGUCGCAGUUGCAGCCAGCUAUGUCGGCAGUGAUGUUAUAUUCUGCAGUGUGGUUGCCGAUGAUCUAAGCGGUCGAGCAGCCCUUGCAUCUCUCACAAAAGAAGGCCUCACCAACACAGGCAUCCAAGUUCUCCCCGCAGCGUCAGGAACACGGACAGCACAAUAUGUGGCCAUUAACGAUGCCAAAAAGGAUCUUCUCGUUGCCAUGGCUGACAUGGGCAUUGUCGAGCUCCCGGAACACCAGCUCGACUUUGACGGGUUCUGGGAACCUUUGAUUGAACGCACGAAGCCGCGCUGGGUCGUUGUCGAUGCAAACUGGCGGCCAGAGGUGCUGGCGAAGUGGACUGCCCUGGCUGGCAAACACGGUGCUCGCGUGGCGUUCGAGCCUGUGUCGACCGCUAAGUCACGCCGUCUAUUUGGUUGCGAUGCUAGCGGUACUGGUGCGGCUAUUGGCCCUGCGCAGACGUUGCCCAAUAAUGCCAUCAGCCUGGCUUGUCCUAACAAACUUGAGUUGUCGACCAUGUACAUGGCGGCGCGCGAGGCACUUCUCUUCGACUCGCCAAGCUGGUGGUCUGUCAUUGACGCUAUGGGUCUUUCCCCUACUGGCUCGCGCGAGCGUCUUGUAAUGGCGACCUCGGCCCAGCUGGUGGACGAGGGUCUACCACAGCAGUCUAUUCAGCUCCUCCCCUUUAUUCCCUGCAUCAUCACCAAACUGGGUGCAGCUGGUGCUCUUCUGACCCAGCUCUUACCAUCUAAUGAUCCGCGACUAACGGAUCCGGAGUCCGCACCUUAUAUCCUGUCUCGCACGUCAUCGGCCGAGGUGCCUUUUGGCGGCGUUUAUAUGCGUCUCUUCCCGCCUGCUGCUACACUGACACCCGAGGAAGUUGUCAGUGUCAAUGGUGCCGGCGAUACCCUGCUAGGUGUCAUGGUUGCCGGUCUCGCAAAGUCCACCUCGCCUGCACGCGUGGAAGAUAUUCUUCCCGUAGCGCAGGAGGCGAGUCGGAUGACCUUGAUGAGUGCUGGAGGUGUGAGUAAGGAGCUAGUGGGGCUACAAGCUAGACUGGGCUCUAUCGCAUAG